UUCCUUGAGUAAAGUAUCUGAAUACCUCCUCCACUCCACCACUGUUGUGGACAAAAACUGCUUAAACACAAAUCUUGAAAUUGCUAAUAUCAAAUAACAACAGAAGAAAGUAAAAUGCUGUUUUAAAACAGCCUACGUGCCCUUCUCAUAUCAGCUUGGCAGCCUUUGACAGACGUAUCUGAUCAAGGCUAAAACCUGAUUCAACCUGAAUUCAUGAGAUUUUAUUCUCCACUGCGUCUGUGUGAGUGGUGACAGGGAGCAGCUGCAUCAGGACGACUCUCUCUGCCUCACUGGUCACAUGUUAACACUCAUGCGCGUAUGUUGUGCAUCGGAGGUGCCAAAGUGAUUUAUGUCCCCUUCCAGCUGCGGACUGAAGCAUAGCCCGACUAAGGAUACGUGAGGAAUGGCCUCUGAACGGGAUGCAUCCAACACAACCAGAAAUCUGACCAACCAGUUCGUGCAGCCGGCGUGGCGCAUCGCGCUGUGGUCGGUGGCUUACAGCACCGUGCUGGCUGUGGCGGUUUUUGGAAACUUGAUUGUGAUUUGGAUUAUUCUGGCGCACAAGCGGAUGAGAACUGUUACCAACUAUUUCCUGCUGAACUUAGCUUUCUCAGAUGUGUCCAUGGCCGCGUUCAACACGCUCAUCAACUUCAUCUACGCGGCUCACGGAGAGUGGUACUUUGGAGAAGUGUACUGCAGGUUUCACAACUUCUUCCCUGUCACUGCGGUGUUCGCCAGCAUCUACUCCAUGAGCGCGAUAGCCAUCGACAGGUACAUGGCUAUCAUCCAUCCUCUGAAGCCUCGUCUGUCGGCGAAAGCCACUAUGGGAGUCAUCGUCUGUAUCUGGAGUCUAGCUGUGGUUCUGGCCUUCCCUCUCUGCUACUUCUCCACCACCCGAGCUCUGCCCCGCAGGACCCUCUGCUAUGUUGCCUGGCCCCGCAUGGCCGACGACCCCUUCAUGUAUCACAUCAUAGUGACAGUUCUGGUGUACGUGCUACCUUUAGUGGUGAUGGGCAUCACUUACACCAUCGUGGGGGUGACACUGUGGGGAGGCGAGAUCCCAGGAGACUCAUCUGAUAACUAUCACGGACAGCUCAGGGCCAAACGGAAGGUGGUGAAGAUGAUGAUCAUCGUUGUGGUGACCUUUGCCCUCUGCUGGCUGCCCUAUCAUGUCUACUUCAUUGUGACGGGUCUCAACAAGCAUCUGAGCAAAUGGAAAUACAUCCAGCAGGUUUACCUGUCAGUGCUGUGGCUGGCAAUGAGCUCCACCAUGUACAACCCCAUAAUCUACUGCUGCCUCAACAGUAGGUUCCGGGCUGGCUUCAAGCGGGCUUUCCGCUGGUGUCCCUUUGUCCAUGUCUCAAGCUACGAUGAGCUGGAGCUCCAAAACACAAGACUUCGACCGGGUCACCAGAGCAGCAUGUGCACCCUCUCUCGGGUCGACACCAGCAUCCUCAGCAAAGACAAGAGCACUUGUUCCCGUGGAAACAGGUCAAGACUCAACUCUGAGCCCGAUAAUAAAGACAAUUAGUUGUCUCCACUGGACACACUCCAACUUAGUGCUUUGGCACAUUAUUUUGAGCUGACAAAUGCUGAUUGGCCUGUUUUUUGUUCACUUAUAGAGCUGAUAAAUGUUAAUUAAAGAGGCCAUAUUA